AUGGCUAUCUACUACACGUUACUCAAUACUACCACAUUUCAACUGAACACAUUUACCGGGAGAACCGCUGUGUAUCUCGGCAUCGGCAUUCCUUGCAUCAUCGUCCUCCUAGCUGGAAAUGUGAUGGUAAUUGCGGCAGUUUUUACUCAAAGAGCGCUGAAGAAACCGUCUUACUAUCUCCUAACCAGCUUGGCCAUUACCGAUGUUAUCACCGGAACAAUCGCCAUUCCUCUUGAGCUUUAUCGCAGGGUUGUCACCAACGAUAUCACCUGCUCGGCAAAAUGGGACGUGUACUUCACUAGCGUUGUGUACAUGUGCGCCAGUGAUUCCAUGUUUCAUAUGGUGAUCAUCACGUUCGACCGUUACUUGGCCGUCUUGAAACCGCUACGGUAUAAUGCUCUCAUGACACCACAGCGUAUCCUUAUGUUGGCUUUACUCGGCUGGCUAACAUCCACGCUGAUCGCAAUAGAACAGAUUUUGGUGAUGACGUCAUUAAUCACUGUUAUCUUAUUAUUCAGUUACAUCAUGACCACA